UCCUGCAAGCGAAAUGUAUCCGGCUUUCUGCGACUACGUGGAAGACAUCGAUGUAGGUGUUUUUAAGUAGAGCACAUUAUUGUGCAAGGGUAAGCAGGACACGGGUAAUGGAUUUCUGUUUGCUUGAGCAGCAAGCUCUGUGAGCCAUGUCAUGCACACUUCAGGUCCAGUGACGCUGCGGUAUCUAAUUUUGUACGGGCCAAGGCUGCAUGUUUCACAAGGAUAUCGAGCACUGCCUGCCGUAUAAAAGGAAGAAGCGGCAAUCGUACCUGGUUCAUCGUUGAGGACUGCAACGAGCGCAUGUGACAAUGUGCGGCAGCUGCCUUUUUACGGUCGCUGUAUGUGCCGCGCUAGUGUCCUCGACACUGUCUGAUUGCGUCACGUACGGAUACUGCGGCACGGACUAUGCGACUGGCAAGCGGCUUCCAUGCGCAAUCAAGCGUGCUCCAGGUCCCAUAAGAAGUGACUAUCUCGAGGACGCGUGUCUCGAACUGCUCGACACUAAGAGUCAGACCGCACUUGCCUGCUGCAGCUCCGAGCAGGCGGAGGUGUUCAAGUCCGAGUUCAAAAAGCUAAUUUACCUGGGCGUUCGCAGAGGUAGUGAAUGCUUCAAGAAGUUCCAGAACGUCGUCUGCCAGGCGUUAUGCUCGCCGUUCCAGUCCCAUUUCGUCGCCGUCUUCGCUAACCGCACCGAGGGGAAUAAGUGUCCCAACCCAUCGGCCACAGAGAUUGUUUACGCAGUUGAAAGGAGUUACGCCGAAGCAGUGUACGAUACCUGCAAAGACGUCCGCACCCACAUCUUCGGCAGGAAGCUGAUGAACUACAUGUGCGGAAGUUACGGUGUUCGCCAUUGCACGGCCCAGCACUUCCUGGACUUCGUAGGCGCCGUCCGUUCGGAGGGAGGACACUCGCCGCUCAAGAUCCGCUAUGUUCUCACUGAGCUACCGAUUUCUGUCGACGGCCGAACGUUGACGCCCUUCAAGCCCGACCUCGAUCUGAUCGCGCAGAAAUCUAAUGCGGGCGUGCAACUGCGACAAUAUGCGAAAUAAACUGCGAGGCUCGAAACAGCUGCAGCAGAUAGGAAUGGUUACAUUUUAUCCUCCCCAAUGACUUCACGUUUUUGCGAUCUGAAUUUCCCUCAAGUCUAAAGCUUUCAUUUUCAGGCCAUAUAUACUGUGCAUCACACGACAGAUGUUGUCUCUGAAACAAAUCUCGCCAUUCUCUUCACGCCAUUUAUUGCGCGUUCAACCUCAAAGGAAGUCAUACCUCGCGAGCUCAUGAGAAUAUAAAUGUGCCAUCUUACCCGCCUCUGCUGCCUC